GCGGAGCCGCGAGCGAGCGAGCGAGGCGGAGCCGGCGGCCGAGGAGCCGAGCGCAGGUCCCGCGCAGCCCGCGCCGCGAACAAAGGCCGCCAUGAAGCCGGGGCCGCCGCGCCGCGGGGCCGCACACGGGCCGCGCGUGGACACCGCCACCCACGCGCCCGGGGCCCGCGGGCUGCUGCUGCCACCGCUGCUGCUGCUGCUGCUGGCCGGCCGCGCCGCAGGGGCUCAACGCUGGCGCAGUGAGAACUUUGAGAGGCCGGUGGACCUUGAGGGCUCAGGGGAUGACGACUUGUUUCCUGAUGAUGAACUGGACGACCUCUACUCAGGGUCGGGCUCCGGCUACUUCGAGCAGGAGUCUGGCCUUGAGACAGCCAUGCGGUUUGUCCCCGACAUGGCCCUGGCUGCACCUACUGCGCCUGCCGUGCUGCCCACCACAGAUAUCCAGCCCGUGGAUACCCCGCUUGAGGAGCUCCUUUCUGAGCAGCCCAGCCCGGAACCAGUUACCAGUCCCCCGCUGGUGACAGAGGUGACAGGAGUCCUGGAAGAACCCAGCCAGAGAGCCACCACCGUCUCCAUCACCACAUCUACCACCGCUGCCACCACUACAGGGGCCCCCACUAUGGCCACAGCGCCUGCCACGGCAGCCACCACUGCUGCUAGCACUCCCGAGGUACCCCCUGCCACGGCCACCAUUGCUGACGUAAGGACCACCAGCAUACAAGGGCUGCUGCCUCUUCCCCUGACCACGGCUGCCACAGCCCAGGCCACUACCCCAGCAGCACCCUCACCGCCCACGACGGUGGCUACCUUGGACACGGAGGCCCCGACACCUAGGCUGGUCAACACAGCUACCUCGAGGCCAAGAGCCCUUCCUCGGCCAGUCACCACCCAGGAGCCUGAUGUUGCUGAGAGGAGUACCCUGCCAUUGGGGACCACCGCUCCUGGACCCACGGAGGUGGCUCAGACCCCGACUCCAGAGUCCCUUCUGACCACGGUCCAGGAUGAGCCAGAGGUGCCAGUGAGUGGGGGGCCCAGCGGGGACUUUGAGCUUCAAGAAGAGACCACACAACCCGACACAGCCAAUGAAGUGGUAGCUGUGGGAGGAGCCGCGGCCAAGCCCUCACCUCCACCGGGGACACUGCCCAAGGGUGCCCGCCCAGGCCCUGGCCUCCACGACAACGCCAUCGACUCAGGCAGCUCGGCAGCCCAGCUCCCUCAGAAGAGCAUCCUGGAGAGGAAGGAGGUGCUCGUAGCUGUGAUCGUGGGUGGGGUGGUGGGCGCCCUCUUCGCCGCCUUCCUGGUCACACUGCUCAUCUACCGCAUGAAGAAGAAGGACGAGGGCAGUUAUACCUUGGAGGAGCCCAAGCAGGCGAGCGUCACGUACCAGAAGCCUGACAAGCAGGAGGAGUUCUAUGCUUAGCAGAGCCACAGCGCCUCCUGUAGCCAGCUUGCCCUGUCCCUGGCCCCACAACAGCCCAGACCUGGGCCUGGACAGGAGCCUGGCCCUGCUUCCUUCUGCCCAGGCCGCUAGCAUAACACGGACGGUCGGUCCUAAGAAACAGGGGCGCUGCCAUCUGCCCCAGACUGUGCCCUUCUGAGCUCUUCUCUAGCCCCACCCCCUCCAGCCUGGGGCCUCAGGAUCUUGUGUCCCAUGGACAAGAGGAAGGAAACCCCAGGAUGCUGGGAGAAAUCGGGGCAAGGCUAAGAUGGCCCACGGCGCUUGCUGAUGUCGUCUUGCUACAGGGGCCACUGUGCUGGCUUCCUCGACCAACACAUGGCACACCUAGCCUCCCAAAUCAAAAUCAUCCAGAUGCUGCAGCCCUGAGCUGUUGUCCCAAGGCCUUUUUGGGCGGGAGGGUGCCCUCUGUCACCAGCCUGAGCUCGUUAUGGGGUCACUGUCCCCUCCCCUCUGCCCAAUGCACACGUCCCCAGGCUGCACCUCCUUCUGCAUUGCCUCCCAGGGAAAGGGCUUCCUCAGUGCACAGGGCAGCCAGUGGUGAGAGAGGCCACUCUGGUGCCCCUCUGGAGAGGGGAUUGCCACAUAGCCUCUGUCAGCCACUGCUAUACAUCCUGUAACGUGUUCACACAGAAGACGAAAACAUACCCAGUCUUAAUCACCCAGCCAGUGAAACAUCACACACAUGCACCUCCUUCACACAGUGCUGAGACACCCUGACACUUCUGCCAUGCAGGCCCCUGUCAUCAUCACCAGUGGUGACCAUGCCACCUUCCUCCCACUCUAUUUCUUUACACACAUACUUUGGUCCUGCACCCGGCUCCUAACCAUCCGGGUCACUGAGGAAGGCAGGGCCAAGUUGUAGGCAUCAGCCCAUAUUGGGUCCCCCAGAGUCUCACCCUAUCCCACUUGGUCCCCACCGUGACACCUAUACCAGCCACACUGACGCUGAUUCCAGCUGAUGUCAGACACAAUCCCACACAGAUGCAGUCUCCCUCCUUACUGUGGCUCACAGAGAGGGAGGUUUGGGGCUAGUCUCCACCAGCCACAUCUGAAGGAAGAAGGCUUGAUGCCCCAAGCCAGGCUGAGGGCUGGGAAGGGAGCUAGGAUCUCCCAGGACCAAGGAGCUGUGUGGUUGUCCCUGGUUUUCUCUUACCCCUUUCUGCUCUGAGCCAGGAGCUGUCUCUGCCUCCCAGGACACAUGUUUCCAAAGUGCCUGUGAGGGUGUGCCUCCGCCCAGGCCCUCUGUGUCCCCUGCCUCAGGCCUACCCACCCUGGGUCCUCUGUGGACACAACUGACCAGGCAACUUGGCAGUUCUGGUGACAAUUGGAUCGACCCACAGCCUAGCAGACUCAUCCCAGUGCCGUAGGCCUUGAGAGCAGUUGAUGGGGACAGGGGUGUCACAGGCCCCAAGUCUACCUUCCUGUCUUUGUUACCCUUAGAAGUGGGGUUGUUUCAGAGAUAUUUUAAAUGUUGGGAAUCACCAUUAUCUUUUGGGGAAGGGGGUGUGUGCCACGAGAGUUCUUAGCACCAAAGGGGUGGGGCUUAGGUUACCCUUGGCCAGCACCUCUCCCCCAUCUCUCACACAUGUCCCAGGUUCAGUCAGGUGACCACCUGUUAUUUCUGUUUCAUUUUUAAGAUUCCUCGACAGCAGACUUGGGCAGAGUGAGGACCCCCAUCUGGACAGUGGAGGCAGGGUCUAGGCAAUCAGCACCGCUUGUCUUUCUGGGGUGGAGGUGUCCCACUGUCGGGCUCUGUUGCUCUGUCUUCCAGACCCCAUGACUCCCUUGAUGGGGCUUAGAGUUUUGUUGGGAAGCCAGUUGGCUCAGACUUUGAGGAGAGGGAAGGAAUGAGAGGGGUCCUAGGCCCAUGAGACCUGGAGGAGGGAGCAUGGCCAAGGUCUUUCCUGAAGCAGGAGAGCUGGGUAGGGAGCAGAAGAGAGCCAGUGCCCCAGCCCCUAUCCUCUACUCCCUGGUGGGCUGCUGUCUUGGGGACUGGAGCUUUGGUGGGGAGGCUUGGGAGCUGGGGGAGGCAGCCUCCAGGUGCUCAGCCCACGGGGACACCGGGACCAAGGCAGGAGAGCCCAGCUUCUGUGAUAGAGCCCACUUCUCACAUCUCAGGGUGGCUCUGGCCUUGGGGCUGUGGAUUUGGCCCUCUGGUCCAGCACUUUUCUGUAGCCUCAGCAUUUGAGAGAAGAGGCUGUGGGCCUUGUGUAUGGGGCCCAGGCCCCAAGGCCAAUGUCUAGGCUUUAUGCCUGUGAAAUUUGACCUGAAGGUUAAUGGUGUGAGCAGCCCAGAUGCACUGGGCCAGCCUGAUGAGGCCAGGACGAUUUAAGAGAGCUCAGUUCAAAGGGUGAACUGAGGCUCUGUCUAGUGCAAUGUAGGUGCGGGGUCCCCACCCUGCCCCGGAAACAGUGCGGUACGUGCAGAGCCUGUCCAAACGAGUCCAGAGACGCCUCCGUGCUCCUGGGAAGGUGUUCAGGACGCCAGCAUGCCUGGAAGCAUAGUGCACUCUGAAAGAGAGGCGUUUGAUGUGUCUUCUCCAGGCCCUGGUUUCCCAAGAGAAGCAAGACAUGCUGAGGCCAGAGAGCUGCAGAGCUAGGCUUCGUCUCUCUUGAGGGCCAGACUAGGGACUCUAUGUGCAAGAUUGAUCACCUUUGGUUGUCAGAGGCAUGUGGGUGAUAGCCGGGACUGGCUGGGCAGACCUGCAGCAGAGCUUAGGGUGCUGGGGCCAGUCCCCCUGGGCUUGGCUUAGCCAUCCACCAGGCCUCCAGGCUGGGGCUCCCUCAGAGAGCAGAGCCAACAUAGCUUUUGGGGCAGGGAUGGCUGCCUAGGCUGCCCUGGCUUCCCCCUAGGAUGUGCCUCCCCAGCCUUGGUGACUGUAAAUAGAAGCCCACACUGUACAGAUUUACAGAGAGGCCCAAACUGGGUCCAGGAGUCACCAUCUGAGGGGCUGAUGGCCUGGCUUCCCCCCAGGUGCCCUCUGGGCUCUUGGGUGUGCCUGGCCCCAGCGUGGUGAAUGCAUGUAAAUACUUUUCGUAGACAGUGUGGCUCCAGAGAGCCCCCUGAGACAGUGCCCCCCGCCCCACUGGUUUAUCCUCUCUCCUGUACAGAGCCUUCUCAGCCCUUGGCAACCAGGAAUGGGGUUUUCUCCCCUCCCCAGGCUCCUCCUCCCCUUCCCUUCCCUAUAACCUGUUUAUUAACCAUCCCUGUCCUGAGUUCAUGGCCAAAACUUAAAUAAGGAAUGGAGAGGAGACAGUUGGAUAAAGAUACCAAGGCCUGGUCCACCCCACCACGGGUGCUCACCCACGCCUGCCUUGGGAAGGCUGCAGCUUGCUUUGUUUUGUUUUCUGUUUGUUUUGUUCUGUUCUUUUU